CAACCAACAUGGCGGCGAAUGCGACGAAACGGAAAUUAGAUGAAAAUGAUUUGGAUGAUGAGGAGUCCCCAGUCACAAAAUUUGCGACACUUGCUUCAAAUUCUAAAGAGGACAAACGGAGUAGACACUGUCCCUACCUUGACACAAUAAACAGAUCGAUUUUGGACUUCGAUUUUGAGAAGCUAUGUUCCGUUUCUCUGUCACACUUGAACGUCUAUGCCUGCCUUGUUUGUGGUAAAUAUUUCCAAGGACGAGGAUUCAAGUCUCACGCUUACACUCACAGUGUUCUAGACGGCCACCAUGUAUUCUUGAACCUGGAGACGCAUCGGUUUUACUGCCUGCCUGACAACUAUGAAGUCAUAGAUUCAUCCUUGGCUGAUAUCACUUAUGUGCUGAACCCCACAUUUACUCAGGAUGACAUUAAAGUGUUGGACUUCAGUUCCAAGAUGUCCAGGGCUUAUGAUAGUACCACAUACUUACCGGGUAUUGUGGGGCUGAACAACAUCAAGGCUAAUGACUACUGCAAUGUCAUUUUACAAGCUUUAUCGCAUGUAACACCACUACGUGACUACUUCUUGCGGGAGGAGAACUACAAGUCCAUCAAACGGCCACCAGGUGACCAAGCAGUCAUAUUAGUGCAGCGAUUUGGUGAACUGAUCCGUAAACUGUGGAAUCCGCGUAACUUCAAGGCUCACGUUAGUCCCCAUGAGAUGUUGCAGGCCAUCGUACUGUGCAGCAAGAAGAGGUUUCAGAUUACCAAUCAGGGUGACCCCAUCGAUGUCAUGUCCUGGUUCCUAAAUGCACUGCACUUAGCCAUGAACGGUACGAAGAAGAGAACCAGCAGCAUUAUCAGUAAAUGUUUCCGAGGUUCCAUGCGCAUUUAUUCAAGAAAAAUGCCAGGGAUUGAUGUGAGUGAAGAAGAAAAACAAAAGUUGAUGGCAACGGCUGAUUACCAAGAACAAGUGCAAGAUUGCCCUUUCAUGUAUCUGACGUGCGACCUCCCUCCACCUCCGCUGUAUCCAGACGACACGCAAGAGAACAUAAUUCCCCAAGUCCCACUUCAUCAAGUCUUGUCCAAGUUCAACGGAAUCUCAGAGAAGGAGUAUAAAACGUACAAGGAUUCGACGAUGAAGAGGUUCGAGAUUACCAGACUGCCGCCUUUUCUCAUAUUGUUCAUGAAAAGAUUCACCAAAAACCGGUUCACACUAGAGAAGAAUCCGACCAUUGUCAACUUCCCUGUCAAAAACGUUGACCUGAGUGAGAUACUGUCUCCAGCAGUCAGGGCGCGCUUCCCUAAUGCCUCAUAUGAUCUGAUAUCGAACAUCGUCCACGAUGGAGAACCAGGAUCGGGGAAAGGGACAUACAGGGUCCAUGCAUUGCACAAGGGCAGUGGUAAAUGGUAUGAACUCCAGGAUCUACACGUUGUUGACAUUCUCCCUCAGAUGAUCACAUUGUCUGAAUGCUACAUACAGAUCUAUGAGUUGCAGCAGAACGCAGGAGCAGCUGGGAAUCCCUCAGAAGGGAAUGGAGCAGCGAAGGAUAACGGAGUAAGCUGAAGCAAGGGGAAUGCUCGGUGUGUGUGUGAUGACUUUUAAAUGAGGACUUUCAGACAAAAGACUUCGAAAAAACUCCUAGUAAUUUGAGCUGCUGACUGUUUCAGGAGUUGGAUUUGAAUGUCUGUACCUUUCUACAAAGCCAGUACCUUGUGUAGAAAACUAAUCGCAGGCACAUACAUACUUUUCUGUCAUUUGUGACCCGUCACAGCAAAACCAGGCGCAUGUCGCACAGAAGAUGAUCCUAAAUGACACCAGGAGAUAAUGGAAGAAAUAGGUGUGCUCGUAUUUCACAAAAGGCAGACAAUAGAGAAAUGAACAAACAGUCCGUCUCAACCUGCCAAGCUCAGAGCGACAUGCGCCUGAUUUUGCUGUGACGGGUCACAUUUAUGUUUUUGUCAUUAAAAUGGCAAUUUUUGUUUAACUCAUCAUCUAGACUGGAGAUGGCAGCACUGUUCCAAACGUGGGUUGACCUCGUGAAAGUUAUUGUGUUCUUCUGAAGAUUAGAGCGUUUUAUGUAAU